AUGCGUGAAAUCCUCUCAAUUCAUCUCGGUCAAGGCGGUAUCCAAGUCGGUAAUGCUUGUUGGGAGCUCUAUUGUCUUGAACAUGGUAUUCAACCCGAUGGUCAAAUCCCUAGUGACUCUAGUGCCAUGGGAGACGAUUCGUUCUCGACCUUUUUCUCUGAAACAGGAUCAGGAAAACACGUCCCUCGUGCCGUGUUUGUCGACUUGGAACCUACUGUCUGUGACGAGGUGCGGACGGGCACGUACCGUCAAUUGUACCAUCCAGAACAGAUCAUUUCAGGAAAAGAGGAUGCUGCUAAUAAUUAUGCACGUGGCCACUACACUAUUGGCAAAGAAGUUGUAGACCAAGUACUAGACCGUGUCCGCAAGCUUGCAGAUGCUUGUACUGGUCUUCAGGGCUUUAUGGUGUUUAAUGCUGUAGGUGGAGGUACUGGUUCCGGUCUUGGCUCGUUGCUACUUGAGCGUCUGUCAGUUGACUAUGGUCGUAAGAGCAAAUUGGGCUUUACGAUCUACCCGUCUCCUCUAGUGUCUUCAGCUGUCGUAGAGCCGUACAACUCGGUGCUGUCUACGCACUCGUUGCUAGAGCACAUGGACGUGGCUAUUAUGUUGGACAAUGAAGCUAUCUAUGACAUUUGUCGUCGUUCUUUAAGCGUUGAGCGCCCCUCGUAUACAAACCUCAAUCGACUGAUUGCACAAGUGAUCUCAUCGUUGACCACGUCGCUUCGUUUCGAUGGCUCGUUGAAUGUGGAUAUUACCGAGUUCCAGACCAACUUGGUGCCGUAUCCGCGUAUCCAUUUCAUGCUCAGCUCAUACGCUCCAGUGAUUUCAGCUGAAAAGGCCUACCACGAACAGCUUUCGGUUGCUGAGAUCACUAACAGCGCCUUCGAGCCGACCUCUAUGAUGGCCAAGUGCGACCCUCGUCAUGGCAAGUACAUGGCUACGUGUCUCAUGUACCGAGGUGAUGUUGUUCCUAAGGACGUGAACGCUGCCGUGGCCACGAUCAAGACGAAGCGCACCAUUCAGUUCGUGGACUGGUGUCCGACAGGCUUCAAGUGCGGCAUCAACUACCAACCGCCGUCGGUGGUGCCAGGCGGUGACCUCGCGCGCGUACAGCGCGCUGUGGCCAUGAUCUCGAACACGAGCGCCAUUGCUGAGGUGUUUUCACGCAUCAACCACAAGUUCGACCUGAUGUACGCGAAGCGUGCGUUCGUGCACUGGUAUGUGGGUGAGGGCAUGGAAGAAGGCGAGUUCUCGGAGGCUCGCGAAGACCUUGCUGCUCUGGAGAAGGAUUACGAAGAAGUGUCAGCUGAGACUGCCGAUGGCGAAGGUGAGGACGAAACCUUUGGCGACGAGUAUUAA